AUGGAACACAUUCCUCGUCUGUCAGAAGUUCUGUAUGUGGGUCUGUGUCGAAAAAUAGGGACACCGACAGAAGUGUCCUUCAGAAGGGACGUAAUGGACAUUGAAGAGAUGGUAGGGAAACCCAAAGAUAUGUUACUUAGAUUAUUAAGUAUACCAUACAGUUACAGUGGUAGUUUUAGGGAAGGGUUCAGAUUGGACUCUUCUGAUUUGGAUGUUAUGCUUUGGGAUCAAAAUCAUAAAAUGAUAAGUAAGGUUUCCCAAGCAAAGAUUUACAAUGCAUCAAAACACACCAUUAUCCUGGUAGAGGAUAGUGACACGCCACCUGGAUUUGUCAGAUUACAACUUCUAACAGAGACAAGAGACUGUUUCAUCAGACAAACACGUGUUUCCUUCAAUGACAAAUUUUAUCUUUCAAAUUUGAUAUGGAGAAAAGAAAUGUUGCAAAUGAGCAAUGAAUACUUUAAGAAUGCCAAAAGUCAUGGUCCGUGUAUAACCAAAUCCUGUGCAGGAACUGAAAUUGACGAAGUUUAUUGUUUAGCAAGUAUACACUGGCCAAAAUCAGCACUUAAAUGGAUUGAACGAUCUCUAAAUUACACCUGGCCUCCUGAAUUUGUGAUUAAAGAAAUUUUGAACAAUGGCUAUCACUGUGUCCCUAUCGGAAGUAGGCCUACAUGUGAUGAUUUAUGUGUUGAUCAAGAACUCGAGUGGAGAUUAUCGUUUUCUCGAGCCGAAAAGAGACUUGUGAAUACCAUGAACCAUACCCAAUUUUUAUGUUACGGACUUCUUAAAAUAUUUCUGAAGGAAGUUAUCAAUGACUGUAUCGAGAAACCACUACUUUGUUCAUAUCAUAUAAAAACUACGAUGUUCUGGAUUAUACAGUUUGGAACUAUCCAAUGGUACCCAACCAAUUUAUUGAACUCUUUCUGGAAAUGUUUGAAAUAUCUCAUUCAUUCUGUAAAUCGUGGUGUAUUGUCCAAUUUUUUUAAUUCUCAAAAUAACAUGUUUGCAAACAAAGUAAUUGGAGAGGAACGCAUCUUUCUGUUGGAACAACUGAACCGGUAUUAUAAAAUGGGUGUGUCUUGCCUGCUGCUUAGCCCGACUCUCAGGGCAAUUGUGGAACCAGCUCUUGUCAACCCGUCUUUUGAGAGUCCUUUCGCCGAUGGACAUGUUAAAUCUGUCCCAGAUAUAGAUUUGUAUUACACGAAAAUGCUGUCUGUGUUAUCUUACUAUAGACUAGGUAAUCAGUCUCAAUGUCUACAGUCCCUGGCAGACCUAAAGAUCUUGCUCCAUGAUAGUGAUAGAUGUGUAUCAGUAUGUCUUAGAGACAUAUCCUGGCAGAUAUUAGGAAUCUGUCAGCAAGUUGUGGGGGACUUACACGGAGCAUUGCAGUCUUAUCAAGAGUCACUAAAACAGGAACCAUUCCACAAAAAUCAGAAAGCUGCAGAAGCUAGAAUAAGAUAUAUUAAAAACCAACUUCAUAGAAACAUUCCUUAA